ACAGACAGAGCAGGCUGCGCGGCUCCGGGCUGGGAAAAUGAAGCCAAUAGGCUUGUUUGCGUGGAGAGUUGCCCAGGGAAACGGAACACUUGAGAGCCUCUCCUUUCCCCUCUCCAAGCCUCCUCUUUGGUGCUGAAGUCACAACCCCCAGAAGUCCUCUUGCUCCCACCCCUCCCUCUCUCCUCCAGCCCGGGAGCCCAAAGCGCAGAGGGCAGAGAAUGAGGAGGCAGUGGAGGAUGAAGGAAUGGCCUCGGACCCGUGGAAAAUGAGGCCGGUGCCCCUCCUGCAGCUGGCGCUGCUUCUCGGCCUGCCCAGGAGCUUAGGGGGGAAAGGGUAUGUGUCUCUGCCCUGCGAGUGCCACCAGGAGGAGGACUUCAGAGUCACCUGCAAGGAUAUCCACCGCAUCCCAGUCCUGCCCCCUGGGACACAGACUCUGAAGUUUACAGAGACUCAUCUGAAAACCAUUCCCAGUCAUGCAUUUUCAAAUCUGCCCAAUAUUUCCAGGAUCUACUUAUCCAUAGAUACAGCUCUGCAGCGGCUGGAAUCACAUUCCUUCUACAAUUUGAGUAAAAUGACGCACAUAGAGAUUCGGAAUAUGAGAAGCUUAACUUACAUAGACCCUGAUGCCUUAAAAGAGCUGCCUCUUCUAAAGUUCCUUGGCAUUUUCAACACUGGACUUAAAAUAUUCCCUGACCUGACCAAAGUUUAUUCCAUGGAUGUAUUCUUUAUACUGGAAAUUACAGACAACCCCUACAUGACUUCCAUCCCUGCCAAUGCUUUCCAGGGACUGUGCAAUGAAACCUUGACGCUAAAACUAUACAACAAUGGCUUUACUUCAAUCCAAGGACAUGCUUUCAAUGGGACAAAGCUGGAUGCUGUUUACCUGAACAAGAAUAAAUAUCUGUCAGUUAUUGACAAAGAUGCAUUUGGAGGAGCAUACAGUGGACCAACUCUGCUGGACGUCUCUUAUACCAGUGUUACUGCCCUGCCUUACAAAGGCCUGGAGCACCUCAAGGAACUGAUAGCAAGAAACACUUGGACUCUAAAGAAACUUCCAAUGUUCUUAAGUUUCCUCCACCUCACACGGGCUGACCUUUCUUAUCCGAGCCACUGCUGUGCUUUUAAGAAUCAGAAGAAAAUCAGAGGAAUCCUUGACUCCUUAAUGUGUAAUGACAGCAGUAUUCAGAGCCUGCGGCAGAGAAGGUCUGUGAAUGCUUUGAAUGGUCCCUUCUACCAGGAAUAUGAAGAGGAUCCAGGUGACCACGGUACUGGGUACAGGGAAAACAAGUUCCAGGAUACCCACUCUCAUUAUUAUGUCUUCUUUGAAGAGCAAGAAGAUGAGAUCAUUGGGUUUGGCCAGAAGCUCAAAAACCCACAGGAAGAGACACUACAGGCCUUUGAUAACCAUUACGACUACGUAGUGUGUGGGGGCAAUGAGGACAUGGUGUGUACCCCCAAGUCAGAUGAGUUCAACCCCUGUGAAGACAUAAUGGGCUACAAAUUCCUGAGAAUUGUGGUGUGGUUUGUGAGUCUGCUGGCUCUCUUGGGUAAUGUCUUUGUCCUGGUCAUCCUCCUCACCAGCCACUACAAACUGACUGUCCCGCGCUUUCUCAUGUGCAACUUAGCCUUUGCAGAUUUCUGCAUGGGGAUGUAUCUACUCCUCAUUGCCUCCGUAGACCUCUACACUCAAUCCGAGUACUACAACCACGCCAUCGACUGGCAGACAGGCCCGGGCUGCAACACAGCUGGUUUCUUCACCGUCUUUGCUAGUGAGCUGUCCGUGUAUACGCUGACGGUCAUCACCCUGGAGCGCUGGUACGCCAUCACCUUUGCCAUGCGCCUGGACCGAAAAAUCCGACUCAGGCAUGCCUAUGCCGUCAUGGUUGGGGGCUGGGUUUGCAGCUUCCUGCUGGCCCUGCUCCCUUUGGUGGGAAUCAGCAGCUACACCAAAGUUAGCAUCUGCCUGCCCAUGGACACCGAGACCCCUCUUGCCCUGGCAUACAUUAUCCUUGUUCUGUUGCUCAACAUAGUUGCCUUUAUCAUCGUUUGCUUCUGUUAUGUGAAGAUCUACAUCACCGUCCGUAAUCCCCAGUACAACCCAGGGGACAAAGACACCAAAAUUGCCAAAAGGAUGGCUGUCUUGAUCUUCACUGACUUUAUGUGCAUGGCCCCCAUCUCAUUUUAUGCUCUGUCAGCUCUUAUGAACAAGCCUCUUAUCACUGUUACCAACUCCAAAAUCUUGCUGGUUCUCUUCUAUCCACUUAACUCCUGUGCCAAUCCAUUCCUCUAUGCCAUUUUCACCAAGACCUUCCAGCGGGACGUAUUUAUCCUACUCAGUAAGUUUGGCAUCUUUAAACGUCAGGCUCAGGCAUACCGGGGCCAGAGAGUUUCUCCAAAGAGCAGGACUGAUAUUCAGGUCCAAAAGAUCACCCAGGACACGAGGCAAAGUCUCCCCAACAUACAGGAGGACUAUGAACUGCUUGAAAAGUCCCAUCUAACUGCAAAUAAGCAGGGCCAAAUCUCAAAAGAGUAUAAGCAAACAGUUUUGUAAGCUAACCCUAUACUACUCACAGUGGUAAGGAGACUUAUAAAAGGCUGGUUUCUUGAACAUGAAUUCUAACCCCUUGACACACACAAGCCAGCUUACCUAACUAUUGUGCAGGUGACAUUUCAUGGGGCAAGAGUUCAUCUCCCAAGAGGAGCUAGCAUUACUAGUAAACUAAUCAUCCCCUCUACCCUACCACAAGAAGAAAGAGAGGCUACCAGUAUAUCCGAACCUCCAGUGAUAUCAAAACAAUCUAUACUUUCUGGAAGGCUUGUUUGAUGCUAAAUGCAGAGAUGACAUUGUGUAAGAUGCUCCACAAACAUCAACUCAUCCGUUUCAACACCGAGCUUCCCAUUUUUAUACAGCAUUUCAUACUAAAGAUUCAACAGAUGGCAAAAGGAUGAACUUGGUUGACAAUCACAAUAUCAGCCACAUGUUGGCUCAGUCCAACUUCAUGUUUCCUGAAAUAGCCAGAGGGAGUUUGAGUUCCUUGAAAGAGAGAAGUCAAACAGGACAACACACAAGAAAUGGCUAUUAUGAGACAUGAAGGAGGGGGAAGACUUAGCUUUGUUUUUUCAGACCCUGAAACUAUUAAUCAUCUCUUCACCAGGACCUACCUGAUGUAACGCAACUGUUAUGUGUUACCCAGAAAAACUGGCAGGAUUUAAGCUUAUGUGGCCAGGCAAACUAAGAAUUGCUCAUCUUGGCUGUUCUCAUAGCCUAAAAGAUGUGAACUCAAUAAAUAUUUCUAAGUAGCAACAAGUAGGAAUUAUAAGCAGAGAACACUAAAUCGCCCAUUGAUUUAAAAAGCAGGCUGGAUACCAGAUUACUGCUGAACCUCAGGCAAAUCAUUUAGUCUCAGAAGUCUGUAGAAAUGAAGGAACUUGAUGGCCUCUUCCAGUUUUAA